ACAAGUAGAUGAAGGAGUGUGGAAUACACCAGAGAACCUUAGCAAUCCUUCCCCCAAGCAAACAGCCACUGAAGUAGAAUUUUCUAAAAGGAUGGAAUUUGAGCUGCCCUCUAGCCCCCCAACAAGCUUUUCUCAGAUAAUUGAGUCUCAGACACACAAAUGGGAGCCUUUGUGUCAAAUGGAUGCUGUUGCUUUUACUACUAAUCCUACUCGAGGGGAGAUGGUGACUGUGAAGACCCAGACUGUAUCAGAGACACAUAACAAGAGGAUUGGGGCUGAGAAGUCUGUUGAGGCAGCAGAGCGUGACUGGGAGGAAAAAAGAGCAGCGCUGACACAAUACAGUGCUAAGGAUAUUAACCGGCUGUUGGAAGAGACCCAGGCCGAGCUCAUGAAGGCUAUUCCAGAUUUGGACUUUGCUGCCAAGCACAAACCAACUGGAAGUGCAACAUCUACUCCAGAGCACCGUACCAGCAAACCACAGCAGGCACAGAAGCUUGGUAACAAAAUAGAUGCUAAUGGAAGAAGGGGCUCUGAUGAACUGACAGUGCCCAGGUACCGAACUGAGAAACCAUCUAAAUCUCCGCCUCCUCCUCCACCGCGCCGUAGUUUCCCAUCCUCACAUGGUAUUACCACAACCCGGACAGGGGAGGUCAUUGUCACCAGCAAGAAGGAUUCCCCAUUUAUCAAGCGUGAAUUCGCCCAUAAGCAGGAGUCUCCCUAG